AUCAGCUGUGUCCAAUCACAGCUGAUCGCGAGCUGUCACGCUGAUGAUCAGUGUGCCCUGAUGAUCAGUGUAGCCCCAUCAGUGCCACCUGUCAGUGUCCAUCAAUGCCACCUGUCAGUGCCCAUCAAUGCCACCUGUCAGUGUCCAUCAAUGCCACAUAUGAGUGCCUACCAGUGCACAUCAAUGUUUUAUCAGUGCCCAUCUGAGCUGUCUAUCAGUGCCAGUCAGUGCUGCCUAACAGUGCCAGUCAGUGCCACCUAACAG